UACAAUUAAAUACAUUUAUUGGUGUAGUCAUGUCGGUUGGGGCUAUGACUGGGAUGAUAGCAAUUGACCCUAAGAAAGGGGACCGCGCUAACCUCCAUCGUCCGCUCAUGACAUUUAUCAUGGGAGCUUUCCCGGAACAACAAGAGGAGAUGUCACUAGGAGUUGACGAUGUAAGUAAGAUGAGAGAGAAGAUUCUCGCGGUGGAGAAGUCGGAAAAGGGUGCCGAGCAACUCCUUAGAUAUUACCUUCAAAUGUCUGCCAUGGACUGCAAACUCCCAAUAAACGAGAAUCAGAUACACGUGACCUUCACGUGGUACGAUUCUUUCUACAAGGAUUCUGUGUUUAGCGGCAAACGUGGAAGCGCAGCUAACAGUUUGUAUGAGCGUUCCUGUGUUCUGUUCAACUACGCCGCUGUAAGUUCACAGAUAGCAGCUUCUCAGAACCUUGACACUGACGACGGACUCAAAAUCGCUGCCAAAUACUUCCAGGUAGCGUCAGGAGCGUUUGCACAGCUACGGGACAAGUUGGUCCCCACCAUGCAGAAAGUACCGACACCUGAUCUGAGUCCUGAAGUACUCGCUAGUCUUACAACCCUGAUGCAGGCUCAAGCUCAGGAAUGUAUCUACAUCAAAGCAGUUGCGGAUAAGAUGAAGGAGAAGGUGACUUGCAGACUUGCUGGUUCAGCUGCUGACUUCUACGGAGAUGCGUACAAAGCCAUGUCAAAUGUAAACUUGAAAGGAACUAACUGGGACAAGUGGACGGCUAUCUGCCUUGCUAAACAGAACUACAUGUCAGGACUAUCUGAGUACUACCAGAGUCUGAACGCUAAAGCAAGUAAAGCUAUCGGGGAGGAACUAGCCAGGUUAACAGAGGCGCACAAGCUGCUGGGAGACGCUGUGAAACAGAGUGCUGGAAGCUUCGAAUGCAAGGUUGGAAUAAGGCCUAAGGUCACAGGAAAGGAUAUCCUAUCCAAAGUGGACCGAGCUCAAGCAGCAGCAAAGAAAGAUAACGAAUUUAUUUAUCACGAGCGAGUGCCCAACAUAUCCGACCUGCCGGCUGUAGGACGAGCUCCUGUCGCUAAACCUACCCCUGUAGCAACCGAACUUGAGGGGUGGUCGGACGUGUUCAACAAGCUGGUGCCUCUGAACGUACAACAAGCCGCCACAAUGUACGCCAGCAGAAAAGAUCACCUCAUACACUUGGAGAUUACUAAGCUGAGGGAGGCAACUAAUCAGCUCAACAAUGCAAUGAAUCAAAUGAAUCUGCCAGCUGCAAUAGAGGAUCUCGGUGGUAAAGAAAUUCCUGUUUCUCUUAUCGAAAAGUCCGGUGACGUAAGAACUAAAGGUGGCCUCAUGUCUCUACGACAAUCAUUUGAUGAACUGCCUCAGCUUUUGCAGCGAAACGAGGAAAUUAUUACCGAGACACUGAAAGAGUUGAAUGCCGAAGAAGCUUCCGACAAACAUCUUCGUGGGACGUUUGGUGCAAAAUGGAACCGAACUAAAAGUGAAGACUUGACCAAGAGUUUUAAAGACCAGGGAGAUAAAUAUCAGAGUAUAUUAACGAAUGCCCGUAAUGCUGAUAAGAUUGUUCGAGAAAAGUUCGAGACAAACAUCAGAGCUAUUGACAUUCUGUCGAAGGACGAGAGCACACUGAUUGACAGUAUACCAGUAGGAGGAGCUCAAUCCUUAUCCGGACAGGGGCAGAAGGCAGUAGCGUCCCUCAAAUCGUUUAUGGAUCAGAUCAAGCUUUUGAAAGGAGAGCGGGACGCACUUGAACAGAAGUUUAAAGCUGGUGGUGACACUGAAGAAAUAAUCGAGAAGUUUUCACAGCUGAAUACGGAGUCGAAUCUGUUCAAUGAUGAAGGACUGAGCACGGAACACUUAGAAAAAACAUACGGACCUCAACAGGCAGCAGUGGUGGACAGUGUCAGGCAGCAGGACGAACUCAUCGCAAAGAUUACGUGUGCUAACGACGAGUUCGUACAAUCGAAGACCGGCGCUACUUCAGACCCUAGAUCUGAAAUGAUGAGCGAACUGGCCCAGGGUUAUGAUGCUUUCAUCGAGUUGAUGAGCAAUUUAGCUGAGGGUACCAAAUUCUACAACAACUUGACCAAGAUUCUCACUACUUAUCAGAGUAAUGUCAACGACUUCAUUUUGGCUAGAAACACCGAAAAAGAGGAUCUUAUGAAGAGCUUACAAGGAAGUCUGGCUAACAAAGCUCCACCGACCAGACCAGAUCCUCCUCAAUUCCACCAACAAGCUGCCCAAUCUUCGGCGGCAGCAGCCCCUCCUGCAGCUGCAGCUCCCUCAUCUCCAGUGUACUCCACACCCGCUCCUAGGCCAACUCCUGCUGCACCAGCCCCGCUCCCCCAAGCCACUGCCUCCCCAAUGGGGCAAGCACCCGCCCCCCAAGCACCACCCCUCGCUGCUCAGGGCGCACCCCAACAGUACAACUACGGUGGUACACUGCCAAGCGGAGGUGUAGGUUACCAGCCGUCGUACAACAUGCCGUACGGUAUGCCAGCAUACGGUGGUUACUACACUUACCCUGGACCUGCUGCUGCUGCUUACGGAAACUACCCUCCCGCUGCUCAGUACCCACCUGGGCAAUACCCACCAGGGCAAAACACCCGGCCACAAUACCCACCAGGUCAAAACGCCGGAGCCCAGUACCCACCCGGGCAAUACCCGCCCAGCCAAUACCCUCCCGGGCAGUAUCCGCCUUACACUGGCCCCAAAUAGGAACUCGUGCAUGACUCUAUUCGUUUAACCAGAAUCCUUCGGGCGGACUUGUGUUGCCUCUUGAUCACCAUGUUGGUAGAGUAGUGACUAGUGAACUGCUGAUUUUUAUUUUGAUACGCGUGCAUACUGCAUAAUGCCUUUCUUUUCAAUUUAGCAUUCAUUUGUUGGGAAUUUAGAGAAACCUGGAACAAUUGGGUUGCCGAAUAUAAAUGUUUUUCAACCAUUUAGGACAAUUAAUUAAUUAAUUAAUUAAAGGAUAACCCAGUCUUUAACUUGCAUUCAAUUUGCUCAGUUUUCAUUGCUUUGACAAAUUGUUAUCUUAAUGUACCUUCUAUUCACAGAUAUCUCUUGAUUUGUAUGGUUGUGGAUUCGUAGACAUGAAUUUCUUCUUUCAGCUUUGUGGAUACGACACAUAGUACAAUUUUGUUUAGAUUAUGUUAUAGUUAAUAUAUACUCUUUAAGUAAAAUGUAUUGUACAUUUCUUUUUUGAUUUGAUUUUUAAGAUUAAUUGUGGAUUAGCCCCCUUACCAUAA